CUUAGGGUCCCCAGGAUUGGCUGAAUCGGACCGCUCCCCUCCCCCCUUCCCUCCUGCUCCCCCGCUCCUCCCGUGUGAGGACGAGAAGAUGACUGUCACCAGUAGACAGUCCUUCAACGUCCUGACGGUCAUCUUCCUCCUGCUCUCUACUGCAGCCCUCUCAGCUCAUUACCGAGUGUGUGAACCGUACUCCGACCACAAGGGACGCUACCACUUCGGCUUCCACUGUCCGCGCCUUUCAGACAACAAGACCUACAUGUUCUGCUGCCACCACAACAACACAGCCUUCAAAUACUGCUGCAACGAGACGGAGUUCCAGACGGUCAUGCAAAUCAACCUCACCACCACCGCCGAUGGCUACGCACACAAUAACUACACUGCCCUGAUUGGCGUUUGGAUCUACGGCUUCUUCGUGAUGGUGCUUCUGGCUCUGGACUUCCUGUACUAUUCGGCCAUCAACUAUGAGCUGUGCCGGGUCUACCUGGAGAAGUGGGGCCUUGGGGGUCGCUGGCUGAAAAAGGCCCGGAGUCAGUGGCACCAAUCCCUCCCGGAGGAGAGCGAAGCCCAGGGUCAGGUCCAACCCAUGAUCCCUGGCCACUUCCAGCCCAGACACAGCCUGCGAGGGGAGAGCCACAGCCCCACGCUCCUAGCUCACAACACAUCCACCGCCUGAUUGAUGCUGUAAGCAGAGGAACAGGAGAGUAGCAGCACCUUGUUCACCAUACGGGGAGACGCACCUCUGGAUCAACGGACACGACUCUGUAACAUGGGCUUGCCUUUCUGGAGCAAGUCAUUUGACGUCGACCAUCCAUUUCUUUCUGAGCACAAAACACCAGCAGACCUGCAGCAGCGAGUGGGCCGGCACGGCCAAUAGAAACUAACAAUGACAACCGCAAAGAAGGACCUUGUCCCUGCUGCUCAGAAAACCACAGAGGCAGCAGCAAGACUGGCUGAACUGGUCACAGCUGCUCGAUGAACCCUGAAAAUGGCAGGUAGGCACUGGAGGUCGUGCCCCCGCACGAAUCUGGAUGAACUGCAGGUGGAAGCAAGGAGUCUCGCCUGUUUCUAAAAAAAAAAUAAAAAAAAAUACAUAUCUUUCUAGAUAUAAAGUGUCUAUUACACUACUGUGUCAAGUUUGUGUUGAGUAGCAAUUAGGCACAGUCGUUGGGUUUACCCAUUUGGUGAUUUAUUUACGUGACUUAGAGAAUUGUGUGAGUGGUCAACAUUCUGAACCGGUUAGCGCCAAGUGUGAUGCUGAGCGUCUCACGUAGGAUACCUUUUCUUACUUGUUUGAA